UGUUUUUGCUAAGAUGCCUUUUGAUGCUGGGGAAAGAUUUAUUUGCCUCUUUGACACCGGAGAGGAGAUUGCCUGCGCUCAUAUGAGUGUGGGAGAGAUAGGAGGAAAAGAGAAGCGGCUUUAAAUACCUCUGUUAGAGCGGAGGCUUUAUCUUCAUUUUUAGUUUUAUUUCUAUUUUGUAGAGGACCACUUGCUUUUAAUUCCUGCUUUUGUCACAAAAUAAUAAAAACUACCUGAGUCCGACUUUGGACUAGGGGACCCAACUUUUGCCAGUUCUUUAUUUUCUCUGGGAGCGGGGAGGGUUUCCCCCUUACGGGGGUAAGUGACUCCUCUUUAACCCCCCGUGGAGAGUCGCGUCCCGACGGGGAUCGACUUGGACACGCAGACCUCCUGUUAUCUCCUAGUGGGAGUGCAUCCCCCUACCUACACAGCCUGGUCAGAGCCUCUGAGCAUCCCCCUCUCUCAGUCCGGCGACCAAGGAGGGCCAGGCGGGCGUCCUUGAGAAGGAAGGGGCCUCCUUGACCCUGGGAGGAUGGCUGAGACCACAGUAACGAAGAACAGGUGAGAGCAGAACCAGAGGGAAACUAACAAGACAGGAAGUGCAGACCAUAUAAGGGGAUGGGCGGAGACAAAGACACAUGACAGACAGAUGGAUGUCUUUCCUCGACCAGAACUGUUUGAUUUCCACGGAGUCUGCAUGACUCACUAUUUCACAGACAACUGGGAGAAGGUUCAAAACUUCCAGGCCAGGCCAGAUUAUAUACUUAUUGAUUCCUACACUAAAGCAGGAAGCACCUGGGUCUCCUACAUCCUUGACCUGCUGUGUUAUGAUCAGACAUCCAUCCCUUUGUAUGAAAGGGUGCCAAACUUGGAGAUCGCCAUCCAUUCUCUGCAGCUAGGAUUGGGUUCUUCUCAAGUCAUCAAAGGAACAGAAAUGGCGGACAACCUCUCCAUCUUUCCUCGACUCAUUAAGACUCAUCUUCCAGUCCAGUUUCUCAAAGAUACUGGGCGGGAAAUAGACAAACUCUGCUGCUUUCUUGGUUUGUCUCCUUCAGCUGAGAAGAAGGAAAGAAUUACAGGCAGUGUGCAGUUUGAUGUUAUGAAAAAGAACACCGUGGUCAACUUUUCAACGCUUCAAUUGAUGGAUUUCAAAAAGUCCUCCUUCAUAAGGAAAGGGAAAGUUGGUGACUGGAGGAACCAUUUCACCGUGGCGCAGGAUGAAAAGUUUGAUGCUGACUACAAGCAAAAAAUGAAGAAUCCUACACUGCAGUUUUGUACUGAAGUUUAGAGGCUGUGCAUGUCCUGAACUGUGAUUCCUUUGAUAAUGGUGAUGUCAGAAGUUAAAUUUGAUUGACAAAUAGAUUAGAUUAGCCUAAUUAGUGUGAGAGAAUACUUAUUGUGAUGUCGACUUAUGUCAUGUGUUAAAGCCUUGUUAAAUAUCCUUCUAUUGUGUUUGGAAAUCAGCAAUAUGUCACUCAUAUGUGGAAAUGAUUUGGAUAGAACUGUAUUGAAUUUACAUUCGUGUUGUAUACAGGGGUGCAGUGAGGAGGUGGCUUCUGGGACACCAGGCCCGAAUGUUUUUCAAAAGGCCUUUACUAAAAAGCCUUUUAUGGUUUUAUAAUUAAACUAAACUUUAGAUUAAACUUUGUGUAAUUUCCCCUCAGUCUCUCUGAUGCUGUUUAUGCCAAAUCCCUGCCCUACUUACUGUACUGGUACGGUACUAGACUGCACUGGUGAAAAUUACUACCUUCUAACUGCUUCAGACAAAGGACUUGUACUUGUCUUAUUAGAUCUUAG